AUGGAUUUUGACCCUCACACUCACUUAAUCCACUUGAGAAACUUCACAUAUUUUUCCUUCUUCUCUGAGUUACACCACUCUGAUCAUGUAGUGGCUACCACUGUCGAGACCCUGGUUAUCUCCAUUGUCUUCCUGGUGUCCGUGGCAGCGAAUGCGGGAGCUGCAGCCUUGGUAACCUGGGAACGCCGACUGCUGGCCAACAAGACCAUCCUGACCCUCAACUUGUUUGUGGCCGACCUGCUGUUUGUCAGCAUGAUCCCACUGAUAGUGGCAGUGCGCUGGACCGUGUCCUGGAAGCUGGGGUUUAUGGCCUGUCGCACUGUGCUGUAUGUCAUCUGUAUGAGCGGCUGUGUCACCAUCACUACCCUGGCCUCCAUCAGUGUGGAGAGGGUCCAGGCAAUCCUACGGCUGCAGACGGUGCCCACCCUAAACCCCAGAAUGGUGACCGUCACCAUCGUCUUCAUCUGGGCCUUUUCUGCACUCACCACUUUACCCCUCAGUUUGUUCUUCACUGUGAUGGAAGUGGAUUUCCCUGAGCAAGAACGUGUACAUAUCUGUACUCUCAAGUGGCCUGACACAACUGGAGAGAUUGUGUGGAAUGUAUCCUUCAGCGCCCUGUGCUUCCUUCUCCCAGGACUCAUUAUUGUGGUCAGUUACAGCAAAAUAUUACAGAUCGCUAAGAGUUGUAGGCGAAGGCUCCGAACCCGAGACAGUCAGCCCCCAGUUGUUGAGUCUACUGAGUACCACGUCUCGCGCCAGGAUAUGAAGCUCUUCCGCACUCUUCUGGUCCUUGUGCUCUCUUUCUUAAUCAUGUGGAGCCCUAUUUUCAUCAACACCUUCCUCAUUCUCGCCAGAAACUUCCUGGGCCACCUGUACAUCUCCUCUACCAUGUUCUUCUGGGUGGUAACGUUCACACUGGCCAACUCAGCCCUCAAUCCCAUCCUCUACUCAGUCUGUCAGUUCAAGAACGCCUGGCGUAAGCUCUGCUGUGGCUCUGCUGUAGUGCCUCUGCGAAAAGAGCCUGGUGGCAGUGGUCAAAGGCGAGGGAUGCAUCCAUGA